AUGGAGCUGGUGGUGGGCGCUUCGCAGGCUACCAUGGGGUCUGUCCUGUCCAAGCUUGGGGGGCUUCUCUCCGACGAGUACACCCUGAUUCGGGGCGUCGGCGGUGACCUCCAGUACAUCAACGACGAGCUCGCCACCAUGCAGUCUUUCCUCCGCGCCUACAAGGGAAGCCACGAAGACCUGAUGAAAGACUGGAUGAAGCAGAUCCGCGACAUCACCUAUGACAUCGAAGACUGUAUCGAUGACUCCGGCAAACGCAUCCGCGGCCUGCCCACCAGCAUGCGCUGCUACCGUCUCGUCAGUGGUGUCUAUGAGAUCCUGACUUGGCGGCCUCGCCGUGACAUUGCCUCAAAGCUCUCUGUCCUCAAGAUGCGAGCGCAGCAGAUCAGCGAGCGGCGCCAAAGGUAUGGAGUCGUCAACCCGGACCCGGACAAGGCUAGCACUGGCGUCGCUAGAUUUGAUGUUGCCGACAACCAAGCCCCUGGCCUGCUUCAGCUUGUCACCACGAGGGAACCCGUGGGAGUGGACAAGCUAAUGGAGAAUCCCCGCCGGCGGGUGACUUGCAUUGUCGGGUUCGGAGGCGUGGGGAAGACCGCCAUCGCCACCGCUUUAUACAGGAAUUCCGUGAAGGAGUUCGGCCAUCGUGCGAUGGUCACAGUGUCUCAGAGCACCGACCUGGAGGCCAUCCUCAGGAUCAUCAGGGAUCAAUUCAAGCCUCACACCAGCAAUCAUGAGAAGCACAACAGCUUGGAGAACAAGAGCAACCUCAUCACACAGGUACCUGGUCUUAAUUGA